AAAUUAUCAAAUGGAAUCGAAGCUAAGGAAAAUCUACCAGCAUGCUGGAACCUUAACUAUUGAUGGAAUGACGUACCACUCUUCCGUUGAUGACAUGAUUCAGCUAGGAGAGCUCGGGACAGGGACUUGUGGUCAUGUUGUUAGGAUGGAACACAAACCUUCAAGGAAAGUUAUGGCUGUCAAGCAAAUGAGAAGAUCGGGAAAUAAGGAGGAGAACAAACGCAUCACUAUGGAUUUAGAUGUUGUGUUGAGCUGUCAGGAUUGUCCGCACAUUGUGCAGUGUUUCGGCUACUUCAUUACUGACUCAGAAGUGUGGAUCUGCAUGGAACUUAUGUCCACUUGUUUAGAUAAGCUGAUCAAACGCCUGAAGAAGCCAAUUCCAGAAAUGAUUCUUGGCAAAGUAGCUGUUGCGACUGUGAAUGCACUUCAUUAUCUGAAGGAAAAACAUGGCGUUAUUCAUAGGGACGUUAAGCCUUCCAACAUACUGCUUGACGAAAGAGGUGUGAUUAAGUUGUGUGACUUUGGGAUUAGUGGACGAUUAGUGGAUUCAAAAGCCAAAACCCGUUCUGCCGGUUGUGCUGCCUAUAUGGCUCCCGAACGAAUAGAUCCUCCUAAUCCUAGUAGGCCAGAUUACGAUAUUAGAGCCGACGUCUGGAGUCUUGGUAUAUCUUUGGUGGAACUAGCAACAAACAGGUUUCCGUAUCAAGGAUGUAACAACGACUUUGAAGUUCUCAGUAAAGUUUUACAGGAAGAUCCUCCUCAUCUACCAUCAGAUGGAAAUUUUUCUCUAGAUUUUUGUAGCUUUGUUAAUGAUUGUUUAAUCAAGGAUUAUGAAAAAAGGCCAAAGUAUCGUAAACUUUUGGAGCAUCCUUUCAUUAAGCGAAUGCAGAACACUCACGAUGGUGUUGCUGCUUGGUUUGCUUUUGUAAUGAAAACCACAGAACUGCCAGCACCUUCCCCUCUACAUAAUCACUGGAACAAAUGAAGGCAGUCAAAGAAGUCCAUCCGAUGUGUUAUUCAGUUGCCAAAAGUAGUGUUACUGCAGCAGGCAUGCGGUAAGAACACCAACCUGCUGGACAUUCCUGUUGGACUAGGGAGGGAUGACAGCCACACACUUUGGCCAUCUUAGAUGUAGAAAGAGCGAUAUUCAAAACACUUUAAAAAGGUUUUAGUAACCAUGUGGCUUAUUAAAGGAUGCAAAUUUAUCUCAUUUGCAGUAAAGAAGUAACAAACAUCAUUUUUGAGUGGAGUUGUUAAAGAAAAGAUGUAACUGUUGAUGGGUAUCAUUAGAUGUGUGUUAAGGACAUAUUUUGUAUAUACACAUAUAUAUAUAUCUAGACAUGAGAGAUUAUUCAAAUUAACUUCUCAAUCUGUACAGAGGUUAUUGGCACCUUGUGGUGUAUUUGGGAGUUGUUUAAUACUAAUUCAGAAAAAAAAAACGAAAGAAAUUUUAAUGUAAACUUGAGAAUUUAAGUAAAAUUAUUUAAAAGUAGAUAUUCUAGAUUAAGUACAUUACUUUUUGUAUGCCCUGACUUUGUGAUCAUGUAUCGAAGCUGAACAGAAAAAUAUCUAGGAAAGUCCAAUGGUCUGUUUUCUCUGUGUGAACUACCUCGGCUGAUAGCCUCAAAUAUAUUUAUUCUCUUAAAAAAAAGAAAAAAAAAAAGAGGGUAAUGAAUAAAAAUGAAUUCCUAGUUUUUCAAACGUUAGGUUAUUUUUAUUGUGCAGUAAUUUUAGUUGUGUUUGAUAUAUGUGUAGGAGAACAAUUUUCAUCAAAAGACAAUUCAUGAAAAAAAAAAGUGAAGCAAGCUGAAAAUAUUUGAAUUAUGUUUAAAAAAUAUUCAUGCUUUUUUUUAGAGAAAGAGAAAAAAAUACGGACGUAUCUGUGACAUACUGUUAAUGUAGGUUUCAACAAGUCCAUAAAUUUUCACUUUUAAGUGCCAUCACAGAAUGUUUAAUAAGUUUAGUAAGGAAUUACCAAAAUGAAAGAAAAAAAAAUGAUAGUGAAACGCUGACUUCUUUAGUUAUUGGCAUUCAUUAUAACUUCAUAUGAAUCUUCAAUUUAACUGUUGUUGAUAAGUUAUAUUAUAUGAACUUAUCCACUGGAACAAAAGGAUUUUUUUGUGUGCAAAUUUGAGAAAUUUCAGUAUUUUUUUUUUUACGUUAUAGGACUGUCUGUUUCAUAUCUGCUCUGCUUGUAACUUUGUGUUUUCUCUGUAAUUUAUACCAGAUUUGAUUUACUGCAUCAAAGCUCCUGUAAAGUAGACUAUUUUAUUUAUAUUGGGUGUUACCAACUGUCAGGCCAAGGUUAAAUCUUGUGUGCAUAAUAAGCUUUGUUAGGUGUGUAUUUUAAGCAGGAUAAAUGAUUAUGUAUUAAAAGAGAGCUUUAUUUAUGGAGUUCGUAUAGAACUUGGAGCUAAAUAUACUAAAUAAAUGGUCUUUGUUAGUCA